CACAAUUAACUUUCUAUACAGUAUACGAAUUUGAACUCUGACCUUCCUUAACAUAGCUGAGUUACUUUUAUGUUCAUCGGUCUUUGUUAUUUCUUUAAAAGUGGAUCCGGUGCAUUCAUUACGAAAAUAAAUGACUAAGGGCUGUUUAUGACAAAGAAAUCAGAAGUAUACUGUUUCAAAGACUGGAAGAUUGUCAACUUUCAGUAUACAGAGUGCUUUAGUAUAAGAGCUACAUUAUUCAUAUGCGGGAAUGUCAUUUUCAGUUUAUUAGAAAAGAUGUGUCAGAAAUGAAAAAGUGUAAAUCAUCGCUGCAUUGCCUGUUCUGUUUAUCACUUCUGGUAUUGAAUGUUGAUAUCAUAAGUAUGUCUUGGAAUUGGUUUGAGGCUCAGCGAUAUUGCAGUAAAGACAAUGACACAUUAGAAUAUAAUGCCUCUUCCAAUUCAACAGUGGAUUUUUGGUCUGGUGUAUACAAACGACACUCAUUGUGGAUAAAAAUUCUAGGCUGUUAUGAUUUAAACGCGGUACAACACCACGAAGAAUUCCAGAUGCACUAUCCGUCAGCUGGAUUUUGUCAAGAAAUGUGUACAACUGUAAAUUCAACCAUUUUUGGAAUUAAGAAAAAUAAAUGUGUGUGCAUUAAGAGUCCAGUUUUGGCUAGAACGAUUCCAUCCAACUUCUGUAAUGAAGCAUGCAAUCAAGACUCAAGUGACAUACAAUUCUCAGAAUGCGGUGGAUCUAACGCCUACACUUUAUACAUUGCAGAUAUAGAUACACCAGAAUCAACAAAUUUGACAUCAACUGAAUUUAAUAGAAAAUCAGCCUGUCUUGCUAUCAACUGUGGUACUGUCGAAACGUUUUCCAUAUCUUCUGGUUGUUCUGAGUCAUAUUCCGGAGUCUGUGAAGAUAAAGGAUAUCUAGGUUGUUUUGAAGAUCAGUGGUCGAGAACCUUGAAAGAUGGGCCUAUAACAUCGGAUAAGACGACUGUAACAGAGUGUAAAAACAUUUGCUCAGAAAAGAAAACAAAAUAUUAUGGUGUUGAGAAUUCAAACGAAUGUUUUUGUGGAAACAACAUUACAUCAAGAGUAGAAAAGCCUGAAGGCGAAUGCAACAUGCAAUGCCGUGGAGAUGUUCGUCAAAUUUGUGGUGGAUCAUGGGGAAUCAAUAUCUACAGAAAUCCAUACUACAAAAUAGGUUGCUGUACAAAUAUUUUUAUAAAGUAUAGGCCAAUAGACCGCAAAGAGUUUUUUUUAUUAGGCGGUGUGUGCCCCCACUUUUUGGACAGUUUAAGACUUUGGGGUAGGGUAGGGCUUUCAGAUUUCUUUUAGAUAAAACCGUUGAAACAGGCCUGUCAAAGGCAUACGGAAACUUUAUAUAUUUCACGUAUAUUCUCAUAUACUUUCACUUUGCUCAUGAUAACAUUUUUUCAAGGUUCAGUUGAAUUUUUUUAUGGAUGAAUUCAUAAGAGGCCAAAUGUUUCAUUCCCAUUUUUUUUCAUUUAUUCCGAUUUUUUGAUUGAAAAUUCAUAUUGAUGUAUUUUUUUUUAUUUUCAAUGAUUUUUUUCCCUCCAUUUUUUAAUUAAACUCGUGUCAACAUUGUAUUUUUAAAUCAAAAUUAGUUUCCCUUUGAAUUAUCUGACCUGGUGAAUUCUUACUUCCGUUUUGCACCGUCCCAAGUGAAUAGUCUACAUGUAUCGCAAUCAGUGAGUUUUUAAAUCGACCCCUUUCUGUAUGAAAAUCUUGUAAAUACAUGUUUUAAUUAAAAUUAUGAAAUUUUUAAAAAUAACUGAUCAUUGCCAAAUAAAUGAGAGAGUCUUGAAUACCAUUCUAAUAAAUGCAAAUAAACAGAGUGAAACCAGCUUAAUUCAAGUUUUGAAUCCCCACAUCUUUUCCUUUGCUUUACAUAGUUAAAUAGUACCGUAAUUCUGUAUUUAUAACUGUAUAAGACUAUACA